GGCCGUAGAGGCCUUAUCGAAACUGUAUUUUGAAGGAAGCUCCGAGAGUGGGAUGAAGCAAGACUACGAACAGGCGCACUACUGGUGUAUUCGUGGAGACGACAUCUGGCCAUCCGGAUUGGGUUAUUGUCAAACGUGUCUCGGAGAUAUGCAUCGUGCAGGAUUGGGCGUUCCUAAAGACCUUGUUCGAUCGUUCGAGUAUUACCAGAAAGCGGCGAGUCAGCAGGACGCACCCCAGAACUAUGCUCGUUACAUGUUAGGCGAAAUGUUCUUUAAGGGGGAAGCAUGGCCACAAAACUUUGCUGUCGCGGUGGAGUAUUACAAGCUAGCCGCAAAUGAAGACCAUGAAUUGUCUCGACUUCGAUUAGAAGAAAUCUCACGGCUAGAGGCAACAAGAGCAGAAGAAGAACGAGUAAAGGCUGAGCAAGCCCUUAAGCGGAAGACAUGGAGAAUAUGGACACUAUUUACUAAUCGACGCAAGGCAGCUGUCUAAGAUAAUUAUUGGCCCUUCCCCCAUUUUUUUUUUAAUUUUCUUGUUUCUUUACACUCUAUACCAAAGCAUAGCACAUCAUUGCAGUAAUACGAUACAUUUCUACUUAUAUCCUCCUUCUUGGGGAUCUUAUUUAUUUCAUUUUAUUUCCCCUUAUUUUACUCCAUUGUUCGAUCCUUGUUUAUUUAUAUAUUUUUAAGGGGAAGGUAUAUUAUUGAAUCUUGAGGGUAUUAAGCAUG